GACAGAGUUAAAUGUCAAAUUGACUAUAAACAGGCCUUAGUGUGCAAUUGAUGCGCACUGGUGCAAGCAAUCGAAUUCGCUAUAAAUUGUUAGAAAAUAGACAUUGAGAUUAAAUCGCCAUAUAGCUGUGUUUUGUCUUUCCCCAGUAAGAAUACUAAUGUCGAAUCGGGUCGCCAUGCACGAUUUCAAUGCCUCCACAAUUGCAUAAUUAUCUUGUCCGAUUGAUGCGUAUUUCCGACGUCGGAAAUACGUAACACUCGCAUUUCUAUCGUCAAAAAGAAAAUACAGAACGCGCGUUGCACGAGUUGCAGUGCGUCCACAGUGCUCUGAAAUAAUUAAUGUCGUGUUCCCUUUUAAAAUUUUAAGACAAAAAGUUUGAAGAAUGCCAAGCGUUAAAUUAAUAUUGUCCUUAUUCAUUAUAUAUGCGGCAUGUUCAACGAUCUGCGAUCGUUGUUGCUUGAUCAAUCGCCACGAGUUGCCGCGAUAUGAUCUAAUAAGGAACAAUUCGCACUCGAGUCAACCGAUCAUAUCGCGAAAGGUGGUAUCCGACGUGAACGCGUGCAAGGAAUUCGCCGCAUCGAAGAAGGCCCUCGCCUUCAAUUUCGUCUCCACGAGGAACCGCACCGGUGGACGAGAAAAGUCGUGUCAAGCUCUUCAAUGCCCCGAAGAUCACAAUAUGACCACCCUCGUGCCCGCGGCAAAUUGCGAAUACUACAGCAUGUACCCCGUUUUAUCUCCGCCCGUGAAUGGUACGGUGGAGUGUAUUCCCAAAGCGGGGAUAUUCGUGCUCUCGGCCGAAAGCCUAAAUUAUACGGAGGCACGAAGUUUCUGCCAGAAACAAAACGCGUCGCUCGCCCACGUAAUUAGCGAAGAGCGCACAGAAGGCCUCGGUAAAUUCGUGUCGCAGAAUCCUCCCAGAUUCGUGGGUCUCAGCAGCGGCGAAAACAGGCAGAGAAUCUGGAGGAACGAAUUCGGUGAGCCCCUGUCGUGCUUCGACUAUCGAGCAUGGGGCGAGGGAGAGCCGUCGCACUCCAAGGGUUGCGUCGCUCUCGUAAAUCCGCCUGCCAAAAGUUCGCCGCCCUUCUGGAAAGUGAUGCCCUGUUACUUAUCGCUGCCGUUUAUCUGCGAAAUCUCGCCGUUGUCUCGAGAAUCGUCAAAACGACGUCACAACAGCAGUCACGCAUAAUAUUGACAGGAACUCCAUUUAGCAAUAAGAGAUAAGGUCGGAAUAAAGGUAGACGUUAAAUGUAUGUAUAGAGAUUUAAUGUAGGAUUACAGGACUCCAGCAUUGCGUAUAUAGAGAGUGUGACUUAACUCUCCAAUGGCUUUAUUUACAGGUACGAUUGUUAAUCCGACGUAUGCACGGUUGGACACGUUGACAAAAAAAGGGGAAAAUAUAUUUAUAUUUAUAUAUAUAUAUAUAUAACUCUCACUCGAUCGCGCUGCGCUUACACAUGUAUAUGUACAUAAUAGGCCUAACGUUAAUAACAUUAAAAAUCGUUUCACUUGGGUCGUUAACUCCAGUCUCCUUACGUUCUAGAGCAUGCUUUCUACAAGGAUAUCACUUAGCAACUAUGCAGCCAGACAGCUGUACGCUGCCGCAUCCGUCCGACGCUUUUCGACAGGAUAUUCAUCGAGAACAGCUCGCUAGAGCGUGAUAUAAAAACGAUCUCGAUAAGAUUCGUUGUCGAAUAACACACAAUCGGAAAUAAGUCUGCCAUUACAUUAGUCUUACAACCUCGUCUGCGAUAUUUAUUCGCCAUAGCGCCGUACAUAGUGAUAGACCGAAAGCGUGUGAGAGACAGUUACAUCGUGAUUAAUGCACGACCGAUUAUAAUUUGUUGAAUCACUGGCGUUAGGAUAAUAUUCGGGACGCGAUACCUUUAGAAUAAAGAUUUCGUUCGCGAUCUUUUCUCGCACGUUCUCACUCGAUGCGCAGAAUUACUGCUCAACAUUGUUAUAUUUACAGAUUAACAUUUUCCUCAAUUGAUUUUGGAAACAUCCAUUUCAAACCUAUUCUGGAAGUUCGGUGGCGAACGGAAAGGCUUUAUAAAUUCGUAAGUACAGGUCUAAUCUAAUUAACGCAUUUACAUUGUUUCUCAGAAUAUGGUCACAUUAAGAUAGAAGUGAAUGAUUAUGUUCGUAACGAUUGGAUCGCAAGAGAUGUGUGAUAGGGAAGACGAGAUGUACCUGCAAGAGUGCGAAACUAUGACUAACCGAUACUUGACAAACAGCUAUUCGUUAUAAAAAAUAUCUCCAAAAAGACGUGAAAUGCAAUCAAAUGCUUUAAUUGAGCCUCCACGAGUCUCGAUUAUGACUUUACUCAAAACGUAAUCACAAAGGAAAAAAUCGGCAAAAAUUCUCCCGAACUCGCUUAAAAACUAUUAUUGUCACGCGUUACACUUGCAAGAAGGUGCAUAAUGGUGUCGCAUUCGUAAACCGAAGCUCUGUAUACCACACGAGUGAACAUAUAGUCACAUAAAAAUUGUCCCGUUCAAACGACCUGAUCUGCAGCGAAAUAUAAAAGUAUAAAAAGACGUGAUUAGAGCGACGUACGAAUUUGAAUGUGGUCUCGUUUAUCUUGAACUUUCUUUUGUAAGCAUGGUCAGUGUUAGAUUAUGCCGAUUGAAAGAGUUACCCUUGAGUUCGUAUUAAAAUGAACGCGUUACAUACACUGUAUAGUAUACAACUAUGCAAAUUAAUACAAUCUUGUACGGAAUUGCAAAAAGAAGCUUCUCAAAAUUAUCUAAAAUACUCUACAAAUAUAAAGAGGUACCUCCGUCGUUAAAAGCCAUUGUUAAUUAGAGUUAAUGAAUUUCGUAGAGCUAUUCUUGCGAUGCCUUGUGAUAAAUUUUCGAAAUAGCAUAUGUGUGUCGAUAAAAGUGUGCUUUUAAAGUAAUGAACGAUGUAGAUCAGUAAUACCUUUUCUCAGAAAGGAAGAAUCGCGAAGUACAAGCUAUUCAGUACACAUAAAUUCAAAAUGUAUAUGUUGAAAUAUUAUAGCCUUACGAUAAUUAAGCCAACUUAUGAAUUGCAUAUCGAUAUUUUUCUAAUGUUCGGGGACGGAUUACAUAUGAAAUAAAAACGUUUGAAAUAGUAAUUCUUUCUGCUGCAUCGUAACUUUUUCUCCAUGCAGGAAAUUGAUAACAAUCAUAUAAUACAUACCGUGGAAUUUUAAUUCGAGGAAAGACAUUCCACUUAACGUAAAUAUAAAUCUGGUUUUCUUGCAAAAAUUUAUUACGGCUACGAAUAUCAGCGUAUGCAGCUAAAGUAUAUUUGCAAGACAUUAAGUGAUUGAGCCGCCCGAAAAUAUAUAUCGUUUUAUACAAACCUUAAAUACUGCGCAGUACAUUAAUAAAUUGCAAUUCGACCAACAUAUACACGUCCGAUUAUCAAGUAAAUAUGAUAAUUAUACCGCUCUUCAAACCUGCUAGGUUUCGCAUGGAACUAUUGAUCGCUAAAAA